UGCAUUCACUAAUCAUUCCAAAUGGCUUCCAAUGCAAUUUUAUUUAUCACAUUAGCAUUGAUCAAUUCAAUUUGCAUUUCCUUGGCCUUCGACCCUCUUCCUCUUCAAGAUUUCUGCGUCACAAAUCCUUUGGGAAUCGCAGGAAAAUGCAAGGACCCUAGAUUUGUUACCGCCAACGACUUCUUCAUGAGCGGUCUAGAUCGGCCCGGGCCCUUUAACUCGUACGGUGUUGCCCCCGUCUUUGCAUCCGCAACCACAACACCCGGGUUUAACACUAUGGGGCAGACAUUUCUACGCUCGGAGUUUGCACCGAAUGGGUUCUUGCCGCCCCACACGCACCCUAGAGCCUCGGAGGUCAUAUACGUCGUGGAAGGUUCGAUGGAAGUCGGAUUCGUAACCUCGUACCCGGACUACAAAUAUUACAGCAAAGUCCUUAACAAAGGUGACGUCACCAUCAUCCCCUUCGGCCUCGUCCACACCGUGCGGAACGUGGCCGGAGGGAAGAGUGUCAUAACGGCCUCCUUCAAUAGCCAGAAUCCGGGAUUUAUUUUCGUCCCCGACUCUGUUUUCGCGGCCAAGCCGGCCAUCAACAGCACUUAUCUAGCCGGAGCGUUUAAGCUGGACGAAAAAACUGUCAAAGAUUUGCAGACUAAAAUGUGGUAUAUGUAAUCCUUGUAUGUUACUUCACCAUGUAUGGUGAUAAACAGCUUCAAUUUCUCAACCAGCACAAUAAUAAAUAAAUAAUACUAAUAAUAAUUCUCUUUGGAGUAAAACGAUA